UGACCAAACAAUCCCGGAUGACACUGUCCUGCACCGUAGCGGUGGUGGCCCUUGCUGCCAUUUGGCUAACCAUAGCCAUGCCAGGUGCCAGAGCCGAAGAAGAGGAGGAGGAGACCGUGUCGAUGUCGGUCACCGAUGUGGUUGAGAUGAUUGAGCCCUUUGGCGAUGGCUGUGAUCCCAAGCCAGAGAGGGAGCACAUUGUUGACAUGGUGCUGAACAAAGAGGAUGUCAAGUACGAGACGAAAUGUUUCCGUGCCUGUCUAUUGAAACAAUUUGAACUCAUGCCCGAGGGCGAGAUGAAAUUCAAUGGAGAUAAGACAGUUGAAAUGAUGAAUAUGAUGUUUCCCGACAAGGAGGAUGACUCUCGUCGCAUAGUCGACAAGUGCAAUGAGAUCAUGAACGGCAACACCGACAGAUGCGAGAUAGCCCAUGGAAUAGCCAUGUGCAUGCUACGCGAUAUGCGUGAGGCAUCCUUUAAAAUACCCGAAAUCAAGGAGGAUUAAUGUAUUCAAACAUAUUCAAACUUUGCGGGAUUAUUUUUUCUCUUUUUUUUCGUUUAUUUUUCUUUUUUUUUUUUCUUUUAUAUACAUACAUAUAACUUGUAGCUCGUUAUGAUUAUGGGGUUGUGGUUCCUGGACAGCGCCAAUAAUAAAAAUCCAAAUGAAUCCAA